CUGCAAGACUUGAUGCCGUAUAACGUUAUCUUCAGCCUGUUGUCUUUGGCGGGAGUCGUCGGAAACGCGCUGAUCAUCGCCGUUCUUCGGGAACACGAAAAGGCCCGAACGACGGCCGAGAUCUACGUGAUGAACAUGGCGACGACUGACCUGCUGAUGUUGACCAUGGUGCCGGUACUGGUCACCCGAAACGUCAUGGACUACAGGUGGGUCUUCGGCGACUUCCUGUGCCGUCUGUACUAUCUUAUAGCCGGUCUGAACAUGUUUAACACCGUCUUCAUCCUCACGGCUAUGAGCGUGGACAGAUAUUUCUGUGUCUCGCGCCCUUUGCGUUCGCUCGAUUGGAAAACCACCAGAACGGCAAAAAUCGUCUGCGCGUUGCUGUGGGUGGUUGCCACGGUGAUAGACCUCCCCUGGGUGAUCUGGGCCGAGAUCGGGACCCCCCGGGACUACUGUGGGACUCCCAUGUGCAUUUACGAUUUCCCGGCACACAACGGGGACGAAGGGUUCUGGGAGCGUCUGUCGGAGAUAGGAGUACUUUUCCUGUCGUUUGUGAUUCCGAUCGUCCUGAUCACCGGGACCCAUGUCGGCAUCCUGUGGCACGUGCGCAACCCGGCCGCCGGGCUGGACCGCACGCAGCGGUCCCAGGAGAAAGUCACGAGGAUGGUGUUCGCCAUCGUCGUCGUCUUCGUCAUCUGUUGGCUGCCCAAGAACCUGGUGUACCUCGCCGAGCGAUUUGAUUGGUUCAAAGCACCGUCCAAAUUGAACAUCGGGUUAGAAAUGCUGAUGAUCACCAACAGCGCCAUUAACCCGUACCUCUACACCAUAUUUGGGCAACACUUCCAGCGAAGGCUCAUGGGAAUAUUCUUCCCGGCAAAGUAA